AGGUUUUUACUGAUAGCAGAGGCAGAAGAUACGUUUGGAAUCUUGCAGGAGAUGAUCGUGCAUGGACUGCAGUAAAGCCUGCAUGAAGAUUCAUUUGUGCUUCUGAAUUUGGGCAGCAGUGAGCCCGUCACUCACUUGAUGAACAAACUGAUGACAUGAGAUCCUCAGUCAGUGUUGUUACUGUUCACCCCCUCAGGUGCAUUCUUGUCUUGGUCAUCUGUGUGCAGCAGAUCAGUGCAGGGGCAAUCGAGGACCCUUGUCAAGGAAGAAACUGCUCUGUAUGUCAGUGUCUUCCUGCCAAAGGUGCACGGGGGCCUCCAGGGACGGUAGGUCAGCAAGGCACCCGGGGACAUACGGGACCAAGGGGGCAUGAAGGGCCACCUGGAGAGAAAGGCAGGAGGGGAGCAGAAGGAUCACAUGGCCCAGAGGGGCCCAAAGGAGACCGUGGCAAGACUGGUGCUCCUGGGUUUUCUGGUAAUAGUGGCUCAAAUGGCCACCCUGGGCCAGGUGGUGAGCCUGGUUUGCCAGGAGCAGAUGGCUGUAAUGGGACAAGGGGUCGACCAGGAGUACCUGGUGUUCCUGGUUUGGAUGGUCUCCAUGGGCCACGGGGUUUACCUGGACCUAAAGGAAUUAAAGGAGAACCUCUGUACAAUGCUACCCUUUCAGGACUUUCUGGGGACCGUGGGAAAGAUGGAGAACGUGGUCUACCUGGAAGACGAGGAGACACUGGGCCUAAAGGCCACAUUGGACUUCCCGGUCUUCCUGGAUAUGAGGGCUUGGAAGGUCCUAAAGGUGGCAGAGGACCACCAGGUGACCCUGGAGGAUCACUGGCAGGAGACAAAGGUGAUGAUGGUGAACAAGGCCUGCCCGGUCCACAAGGACCAGAAGAAGUUGUAGAAUUUCCUCCAGACUUUCUUCCACUCAAAGGAUACAAGGGAGACCAAGGUCUUCCUGGAUCAUGUGGACCAAGGGGAAGAACAGGUGUUACAGGAGACUACAACAUAGAAGAAAUUAAAGGAGAACAAGGAAUCAUUGGAUUUCCUGGACCUCGAGGUCUUCAGGGAUUUACAGGUACACAUGGACCAACAGGACCUGAGGGUUUCCCUGGAGAGAGAGGCCUUCCAGGCCUUACUGGAAGAACUGGGCCAAAGGGAUACCCUGGAGAUCCAGGUCUUCCUGGUCUAUCGUAUGUUCACAAUGGAAGUGAUGUCAGAGGUGUUAAAGGUGACCAUGGACAUCCAGGACAGCCUGGACUCCCAGGUGACCCUGGGUACAUGGGCCUGCAUGGACCCCCUGGCCCACCAGGAUUAACAGUGCCAGAGGAGCCAGGUCUUCCUGGUCCACAAGGCCCACCUGGUCCAAAAGGAUACAAGGGAGAGCCAGGGCCCUAUAACAACUUUGAAAUCAAUCCAUUCCCAGGACCAAAGGGAGCUAAAGGACUCCCUGGACCUAAAGGUGUCAUAGGCCUUCCUGGUCGUCCAGGAUGUGGAGAUUACUACUGUGAGCCCAGUUACCCAGGUGACCCUGGCGAGCUAGGAUCCAAAGGAUCUCCUGGAAACAAAGGGCUCAAAGGAAUUAAAGGUUGUCCAGGGGAAUGUGAAUGUGGGUUCAGCAAGGGAAGCAUAGGGCCCCCUGGUCCACCUGGUUAUCCAGGACCUCUAGGAUUACCUGGAACUAAAGGACUUAUGGGGAACCCAGGAUUGAAAGGGGAUGAGGGCCCAAGAGGACCACAGGGUUUUCAAGGAAGUGCUGGUUUAAAGGGACCGAAGGGUCAGAAAGGUGAACCUUUUGUGAUAGAGGCUAAAGGUGCCAAGGGUAAACAAGGAGUACCUGGGUAUCUUGGCCCUCCUGGAAACACAGGCAGGCCAGGACUGGAUGGCCCACCUGGCCCUUCAGGAGACCCUGGCUCACCAGGUGGUGGAUAUGAAGGAUUACCUGGUCCCAAAGGUGACCCUGGCUUUGUUGGACCCAAAGGGAUUCCAGGGCUUGUAGGACCCCCAGGUCCUGGUUUUCCAGGCCCUCUGGGGCCACCUGGGCCAAAAGGAGAUCAGGGAUUGCCUGGCCUUCCAGGAUUUCCUGGACGACCAGGCCCUCCAGGUGAAAUUGAAAAAUGCUGUGAUGAAGACAAGAUUGGAGCACCUGGUCCUAAGGAAAAAAGCCUGCUUCAGCAGACUAAGUCAUGCAUAAUGAAGAAAGCAUGGUUUUUGGCAGUUAAAUCCUUGUUCAUACAUGUUGAAAUUCAACUUUUUAUUUGGCCUAUUCCAGGGAUUCCAGGUCACCCAGGAAGAGACGGUCUCUCAGGAUCUCAAGGUCACCCAGGCCCUAAAGGCAUGAAAGGUGAUGAUGCUGAAAUUGGAGGGAUUGGACCACCAGGACCUUUAGGUCUAGAUGGGGAUCCAGGUGACCCUGGUCCCAGUGGAAUUAGCUUGGACAGCCCUCCAGGUCCUCCUGGAUUGCCAGGACUUCCAGGAAUAAAGGGGGCCCCGGGAGAUGUCCUCUUUGCCAGUCCAGGUGCUCCGGGCCCACAUGGGCUCCUUGGGGAUGUAGGUAUAAAAGGAGUUCGUGGGUUUCCAGGAAACCCGGGGUCUCCAGGCAUACAAGGCCAACCUGGACUACCAGGCCGUAAAGGAGACCCAGGAGACAAUGGUGACCCUGGUGCCACUGGACCCCCAGGCACACCCUGUACUGAGUGUGACCUACAGGCACCUCCAGGUCCUCCAGGACAUCCAGGAAACCCUGGACAGAGGGGAGUACCAGGUUACCCUGGUCAGAAGGGUUUAAAGGGGGAUAUAGGUCCACCUGGUCAUGGACAGAGGGGACCUCAAGGUUUUCCUGGUCCUCCUGGUGUGUCAGGCUCAGCUGGACCAAGAGGCACCACUGGCACCCCAGGAGAUCCUGGGAUCGAUGGCUGGCCAGGACAGAAAGGUGAGAGGGGGUAUCCUGGUAGGGCUGGUGAAGGAGGUUUACCAGGUCAUCCUGGACCUCCAGGACCCAGAGGUAAACCGGGAGAGAGAGGUUUUAAUGGUCACCCAGGAGACCCAGGACAACCUGGACUACCUGGUAGUAAAGGUUUACAGGGUCCCCCAGGAUUACCGGGACCAACAAGGAUUGUGAAUGUAACAAAAGGCCCACUUGGACUUUUUGGAAGGAUGGGGCUACCAGGCAAACAUGGACUUGCAGGCUUCAAAGGUGCAAGGGGAAUGCCAGGUGAUACAGGGCCUGAGGGGUGGCCAGGUCCACCAGGGUUUAAGGGUAACAUUGGUGCUCCAGGCAGGGCAGGAAUACCGGGACCUCCUGGGCACCCAGGAAUCAAAGGUUUCCCUGGUCCAAGGGGGUAUCCUGGGCAUGGUGGAGAUCUGGGAGAUCCAGGGCCAACAGGACAUAUAGGUAUCCCAGGGCUGACAGGAUUUCUUGGUGCAAAGGGUGAGCCAGGACAGUCUUAUGGAGAGUUGGGUCCACCUGGACCUAAAGGAUUACCAGGGGAGGAUGGACCUAGAGCACCCAGAGGGAGUCCAGGAGAUCCAGGUGACCCGGGGUCCAGUGGAUGGCCUGGACAGCCUGGACAACCAGGCAUUCCCGGGGAACCAGGAAGACCAGGAGGACCAGGUUUCCCUGGGCCUCAUGGCCCACCAGGUUCUCCAGGGUUUCCAGGUCCUCCAGGCAAUGAUGGAUGUCUGGGACCACCGGGCCCACCUGGCCCAUAUGGGCCUCCAGGGCCCCCUGGACCACCCGGUCUGGAUGGAUUGGAUGGACUUAGAGGUCCAAAAGGGAUGAAAGGAGCAAAUGGAGCAGAAAUCCCCGGCCCUCCAGGACCAGCUGGUUUUCCUGGAGUCAAGGGUCACCAGGGCCUGCCAGGGCCUUCAGGACCCUCUUUUCCUGGGCCUAAAGGGCCAAGAGGGCCACCUGGUGACACAGGACAUCCAGGCUUCCCAGGUGAACCUGGUUACCCUGGCAAAGAAUGCCACACGCUUUCACCAGGACUCUAUGGAGAUAUAGGAUACGGAGGGCCUUCAGGACCCCCAGGUCCUCCUGGGUUACAGGGGCCUCCAGGCAGCAGCAUCUUCUCCAAAGGAGACCCAGGACCAAUUGGUCUCCAUGGUUUGCCAGGCCGUAAGGGAGAUAAGGGCCUCCCAGGACCUCCUGGAUCUCAGAACUAUGCAGGCGUUAUUGGACCAAAAGGUGAAAGAGGUCCUAGUGGUCCCAUGGGUCCUCCAGGACCCAAAGGUCAGCAAGGUUUUCCUGGGCCUCAAGGCCACAAGGGAGAAACUGGUCCACGUGGAGAGAUUGGUGCCAAAGGUCCUCCCGGUGAUUCUAUCAGUGAAUCACCAGGGAGAGCUCCCCCUGGAUUCCCAGGACCACAAGGUCUCCCAGGAUCUCAGGGAUUCCCUGGGGAUGUGGGUCCUCCUGGGACUCCAGGACGUAAAGGAGUGAAGGGUCCCAGAGGGUCUAUGGGUCUUCCUGGCCUAAAAGGUCCUCCUGGUUCUAAUGGUCCGAUUGGAGACCCAGGAGAAACUGGUUCACAAGGAUUUAUUGGACCCCAAGGUACCCCAGGUCCUUCAGGUGAUCCAGGUGAGCCAGGCUAUAGGCGGUUGUCGAAGUCAGGCUUACUUUUGGUUGUCCACAGCCAGUCAGUUCAGGUGCCACAGUGCCCUGAAGGCAGUAGUCUGCUUUGGACAGGCUACAGUCUUGUCUACCUGGAGGGACAAAAGAAGGCUCACACACAAGAUCUGGGCCAGGCUGGCUCCUGCCUCCCCAUUUUCUCUACUAUGCCUUUCUCCUACUGCAACAACGCUGCCUGUCACUACUCUAGUCGCAACGACAAAUCCUGCUGGCUCUCCACCACUGCUCCCAUACCCAUGAUGCCACUCUUUGGCCAGGAGAUUAUCUCCCACAUAAGCCGUUGCGUUGUGUGUGAGACACUUUGGCCUGCAGUUGCUUUUCACAGCCAGGAUCACACAGUCCCUGCAUGCCCACCUGGCUGGAGGAGUCUGUGGACAGGGUACUCUUUCCUCCUGCAAACUGGGGCGGGUGACAAAGGUGGUGGUCAGGCUCUGACGUCUUCUGGCAGCUGCCUUAAGGAUUUCAGAACUCACCCCUCCAUAGAGUGCCAGGGCGCGCGAGGCUCCUGUCACUACUUUGCCAACCUCUACAGUUUUUGGCUGACUACAGUGGCUCACACAGAACAGUUUACCACCCCAAGGACUGACACCAUCAAAGCAGCUGACCAACAGCGACGCAAGGCCAGUCAGUGUCAUGUCUGCCUCAGAGGCUAAUAAAGGUUGUAAGUUUAAUUAUUUUUAAGCCAUAUUAAGCCAUUCCAUUUUGAAAACCUAAUUCUUAUCAUCACUCAAGUUUAUAUUUAGAAAUUUGGUGACAUCUGUUUACAAAAAUACAGCUCUACAGUUAAUGCAGUGUUAUAUAAUUUUGCUGUUACUAUAUCUUGUGAUACAUAUGAGGUGUUAUUUCUAAUGAUGAAGAUGUUUUAUUGUUGCUGCUCAUUUUGUAUUCGCUAAACCUUCUACAGAGAAAUAUUCAAAAGAACUUGUGUUCCUCAGUUAAAAUGUUUUAAAAAAUGUAAACAUUCAAUACAGUAGCUGUUGUGGUUGACAACACUACAACCUACAUUCAGAAUUCCCAGGAUAAGAAAAAAUAAAUAAUUUCUACAGGAUACAGUUCUUCCAUA